AUGGGUUUUGGGUGCAGGCUAGGUUCUACGGGUGGGGGACGAGAGCACAGAUCUGUUGCCACUGUUGGGGAGGAAGGGAGGGAUGGGUCUGGGUCUGGGUCUAGAGGCAGUGGUGGGCCUAUUAAGGCCAAAGAAGGUGCAGAUGCACUUCCUCUUGCCAAAAAAACCAUUUGUAGGUGCUUCAAAUUGCCCCUUUACUUAGCUGGUGGUGGUGCACAGUGCACAGAUUACCUUAUUUUGCCAGAAAAACCAUUGAAGGACCCCCCAUUUGGAUUCAAAUAA